AGUUACAUAUAAAAAGACGAAUCUAUACCACAUCGAUAUGUGUAACAUCAUGAAUCCGUAACAGUAUUGCUUAAGUUUCAAUCGAUGAAAGCCAGUAAGAAAGUCUAUUGUAAUUCGUGAAUGGUCGCGACCCGACUGUAUUUAUACAUGUGCAGGUAUGGCUGUAGUUUUAGUCGGUGCGAGUCUGUUCAUAUCCUCAUAAGAAUUAAUUUCCCGACAACUGUCUACCGAUUAAAUGUCGAUAAGCCGAUAAUUACGUUUCUUCUUUGACCUUAAGAAGAGUCAGGAGAUUACAUAGUGCAGUGUGUCGAGUGUUAGAAAGGAUUAUGCUAUUGUGGAAAAUGCGAUUCUCUUUGGUAACGUGUCUUCUUGUCAUUGGAUUAUCAUCAUUGAUAUAUGCUGAAGAUACGGAAGAAAGUUCUGAUAUUACGAAAUUAGAAGUAGUAGAAUUGAGCGAAGCGGAAACCGAUAGCGAUACAAAGGAAUCAGAUGUUCAAAUAAAAAGAGAUUCUGGAUAUUCGUAUAAUAGACCCAAUACAAGAUCUAGAUUUCAGCCUAGUCAAUCGGGAUAUCGAGGUAGAAUCCUUACGAGAAUUCCAAGUCAAAUAAAUAGGCCAUUUAACAAAUAUGGUCCACCGAAUCAUCAGAAUUUGGGAUUGUCCAAACCCAAUUUACAUGGCCAACAACAUCGUGAUAAAUUUCAAUCUUCUCAAAAUCGUCAUCCGAAUAAUCAACAUUCCAAUAAUUUUCCAAAUCAUGGCAAUCAUUUAUGGGAUCAAGGUAUACCAAGUCCUAUAAGAAAUUUUGAUUUUGCCGAAAUUAGUCCUAUAGCCAGUCAAAACAAUGAACCAUUUGGUUCAAAUACAGCUAAUUAUUUGCCACCUAGAAAUCAAAAAUUGCCAGCUUAUUCGCCAGCUGAUAACUUUUCUCCGCAAAAUACAGUAUCAACGUCGCAAAGUCAUGUCGAAGGUCACAAUUCUAAUUUACAAAAUCAAGAUAUCGUUCAAUCGCAAGGAGGUCAGAUAUCCGAUGCUGCUCUAUUUCUAACACAAAACGCACAAGCCUUACAACAAUUGUAUGGUGCUCCGGCGACCAAUCAAGAUUUCGCCCCAAAUACGAACGAUUUUGUCGAUCAAAAUAAUCAGAUACAAAAUCCAAAUGGUCAAUUUCAACAUUUCGAGAAUAUCUCACCAAAUCCUCAAAUCUUCCGAGGACCAUUACCUGCUUACGCUUCGGGAACAUUGAAUCCUCAAGAGACACUUGAGCACAUACAAUCAUUAGAAAAAGAUAGAUUGAUCGCGCAGCUGCAACAAGCUUUAGCUCAAUCCCAAGUUCAAUCUCCUAAUACUGAAGGUAGAUACGCUCAAAGUCAUGGCAAUUAUCCUCAGAAUCAGGAUCUGUUAGCUUCCAUUGGUACGGAAUUUCCACCGUUAGGUAAAUCAACUAUAAAUACAGACAAGAUAAUACAUGGUAUAGGAUACGUAGCCUUCAAUCAAUUAUCUUUUCUACCAGGAACAACUACCGGUCCAAUCAAAUUUCCUUUAGGUUAUGGUUUGACAACAACGACGACUCAAUCACCGGGCACCAGCACGACAACGACAAUCCCAACUUCAACCGGACGUCCUAUUCAGGCUAACAAAGGCGAUGGUACAACGCAGAUCGGUGUAAACGUGCCUGUUCCUGCUCAACCUGGAACUGCGGUCGUAAAUCCCAUAGGAUUCCCAUUGUACGGCGGGUUCGUACCAACCUUCGUAGCAAAUGUCCCUAGCUAUGGAGUUUAUGCUCCAGGCACAGUGACACCGAUACAAUCGUCAGGAUCAUCGUCUACUCACUUUGGAAUACCUAUUCCGACAGAUCAAGGAAAUAAAGGAAUUCAACCUCAGACACCUCAGCUACCUCCAAAGAUACCACCACCGUCAACUAAUCAACCUGGAGUUGUCAGUUCAACGCCCGUUCAACAACCUGCACAUCCAAUUUCUCCUUUGCAUCCUGUUGCUACACCCAUUCAUCCUGUCCUUCCAGCAACUCCAACACACAUUCAACCAUCGAUAGGUACUACAUCAAAUCAACAUCCCACCUAUGGCCUACAAACGCCUCUUAUCAAUCCUUUGAUAUAUAAACCGAUAAAGUCUGUCUAUCCUGUCUAUUAUUAUUCAAAUGUAGCUUAUCAAUUACAAAAACCAACAUUGCCAACCUAUCCGUGGAGUUAUGCACCCUCAUACGUUUCUACAAAACCUGCUCAAAUAUGGAAAUGAAAUGAUGCUAUAUAUCUUGAACGAUACGCGACUCGUUCUCCCACGUUGUCGUGACUUGUUCACUCUCACGAAUACGAAAGAAAGGAAGAAAGGAAGAAUGAAUGAAUGAAAGAAAAAAAAAAAAAAAAAAGAAAAAAGGAAUGAAAGAUUGAUAGAAUGGAAGAAAGAAAGUCGGUAAGAGUUUGGAAAAGACUUCGAGUACAUUUCUCGUUAAUGAAAAGAAGUAAAGAGAUAAGAUGAAUGGAACUAUAGUUAAUUAAUUAUUAAGUAGAACAUCGAUGAGAGAGCUUCUUCAAUGACAUUGUUAUCGAUGACAGCUCAUAGUAUCGAAAUACGAUACGCUUUCCUCCGUACUCUCGAACGACGUUCGUGUUCCUUCUCUUAUAAUUCUCAUGAUAUUUUUUAACGUUCGAGGCCAUGUACAUACAUACAUAUAUACAUACAUACAUAAAUACAU